CCGCCGCGCCGGAGGGAAAGUUCGGCGGCGGCGGAGCAGCGGGAGCCAGGCCGGGCAGGCAGCCCGAGGGCGCCUCGGGUGGUGGCGUUGAGCCCGGUCCUUGCAGCGAGGCGAGCGGCAGCGCCUCCCUCCGGACUCCCGCCCUGGAAGCCGGCGCGACUCGGGCGCUGUCACAGCCUCGGGAGCAGACGUGCCACUUGGAGCGGUUGGCACGGGGCGCGCUUCCUUCUGGCGAGUUAGAUUCCUGAUCAAGGAGAAGGCCAGGACAGUUGGUACUCAGUGCGGGAAUGAUGUAGCCGUUCAGACCUUUGCUUGUACUUCCAGGUCAUUCCUUGUCUGAGGCACAUCAGAAAGGCUAUGAUGGGAAGGCAUGGGAGAAUUUGGAGGUGCUCCAGCCUGGAAGACCCUUCUGUAGGACAGCUGUCUCCGGCGGCGGUGGACUGCAAAGCGCAAAUGGAGGAGCGCAGCGCAGGGGGCCCAAGAUGCACACAGCCUGCGGUCUAGUCCCGGAAGCCCUUCCGCGGGGCCUGGGCUCUGGGAUGAGGCGCCUGCUGGAUGCAUGGCCUUGUCCUGAGUGACGAUGGUCCGCCGCGGCCUGCUGGGGUGGAUUUCCCGGGUGGUGGUCCUGCUUGUGCUGCUCUGCUGCGCCAUCUCCGUCCUCUACAUGCUGGCCUGCACCCCCAAAGGCGACGAGGAGCAGCUGGGGCUGCCCAGGGCCAACGGUCCCACAGGGAAAGAGGGCUACCAGGCCGCGCUGCAGGAGCGCGAGGAACAGCACCGCAACUAUGUCAGCAGCCUCAAGCGGCAGAUCGCUCAGCUCAAGGAAGAGCUGCAGGGGCGCAGCGAGCAGCUGCGGGGUGCGCAGGACCAGGCCAGCGAGGCGGCAGGCCGCGGCCCCGAUCCCAAAGCGCAGGCGCAGGCCGACCUGCUGACCUUCCUUCGCGCGCAGGCGGACAAGGCCGAGGUGCACGCAGGGGUCAAGCUGGCCACCGAGUAUGCUGCGGUGCCUUUCGACAGCUUCACCCUGCAGAAAGUGUACCAGCUGGAGACCGGCCUGACUCGCCAUCCCGAGGAGAAGCCGGCGAGGAAAGACAAGCGUGACGAGCUGGUGGAAGCCAUCGAGUCGGCCCUGGAGAGCCUGAACAGCCCCUCCGAGAGCGGCCCGAACCAGCGUCCGUACACGGCCUCGGACUUCAUAGAAGGGAUCUAUCGAACAGAAAAGGAUAAAGGCACUUUGUAUGAGCUCACCUUCAAAGGGGACCACAAACACGAAUUCAAACGACUUGUCUUGUUUCGACCGUUUGGCCCAAUCAUGAAAGUGAAAAAGGAAAAGCUCAACCUGGCCAGCACACUUAUUAACGUUAUCGUGCCCUUAGCCAAAAGGGCAGACAAGUUCCGGCAGUUCAUGCAGAAUUUCAGGGAAAUGUGCAUCCAACAAGAUGGGAGAAUUCAUCUCACCGUUGUUUACUUUGGGAAAGAAGAAAUGAAUGAAGUCAAAGGAAUACUUGAAAACACUUCCAAAGCUGCCAACUUCAGGAACUUCACAUUCAUCCAACUGAAUGGAGAAUUUUCCCGGGGAAAGGGACUCGAUGUCGGAGCCCGUUUCUGGAAGGGCAGCAACGUCCUUCUAUUUUUCUGUGACGUGGACAUUUAUUUCACCUCAGAGUUCCUCAACACGUGCAGGCUGAACACACAGCCAGGGAAGAAGGUGUUUUAUCCAGUCCUCUUUAGUCAGUACAACCCUGGUAUAAUCUACGGCCAUCACGAUGCCAUCCCACCUCUGGAACAGCAGCUGGUCAUAAAGAAGGAAACUGGAUUUUGGAGAGACUUUGGAUUUGGGAUGACAUGUCAGUAUCGCUCAGACUUCAUCAACAUAGGUGGGUUUGAUUUGGAUAUCAAAGGCUGGGGCGGAGAGGACGUGCACCUGUAUCGAAAGUAUCUCCAUAGCAACCUCAUAGUGGUGAGGACUCCCGUUCGGGGACUCUUCCACCUGUGGCACGAGAAGCGCUGUGUGGAUGAGCUGACCCCUGAGCAGUACAAGAUGUGCAUGCAGUCCAAGGCCAUGAACGAGGCGUCCCAUGGGCAGCUGGGGAUGCUGGUCUUCCGGCACGAGAUAGAGGCUCACCUUCGCAAACAGAAACAGAAGAUCAGCAGCAAAAAAACAUAAACUCCUAGGGGCUGGAUUCGGAGAGACAUUUUUUUUCCUUUUGCAAUUACCAAAAAUAAAUAAUAAUAAUAAUGUUUGCAACAAGGAAAAGACUGCCAUAAAGGGCGCAAAAAGAAUCUGACGGAUUAGUAGGAGAUGAGAACAGAGAGCCUUCAAUUUCUCUCUAUUUGGCUUUAUGCAGGAGGAAUUAAAAUCUCCACUGUGCCUGCAAACAUAACCCAAAUGGACCCGAGAAGUGUGACAAAGGCAGAAUGAUUGGGAGAUGAUAAGCCUGAUGGUGAGCAGGUUUUGAUUGUGUGUACAACAAAAUGAGAUCUGUUGUUUUCUAUGCCUAUUGAAAUAUUCAUGAAUUAAGACUAGUUUUGUAAAGAGUUCAUUAGAGUGAAAGGCAAGCACAUUUCUCCUUAUAUGAAUGAUUCUUCUAUCAGUGAGGCUUUAGUUGUAGGAAUGCCAAUGUCUCGGAAGGUUGCAGAAGAAACCAAGUCCAACAUGGAGAUCCACUCUCAUGAGCACCAUGAGGACCGCAGGCAAAAUCAGAUGGACCAGAUGGAGCAGGAAGCAUAGAUACUGUGUCAUUUCCCCCCAAGAUUAACCAAAAAUAAUCUGCUUAUCUUUUUGGUCAUCUUUUUAACCAUCUCUAUUUGUUUAUUUAAAAAUGCACUUUUUUUUGCUUGUGAGUUAUAUUCUGCUUAUUUAAUUACCAAUCUGCAAGCCUUACUAAGAGAGCACAAGUUAGCAUAUAUAUGUUUAUGUUUUUUAAGAAGGUAUUUUUUAGAUGCAUUGUGAGAACUUUCAGCUCAGAAGAUCAGAUUGAUAGAUUGAUAGCACAUCCGAGGACUUGCCAAAUGUAGAUACUGUCUGGCACUGAGGGCCUUGAGACCAAGGGGAAGCCCAGCUGGGGCCACUGAGAAAGAGGUGUGUAGAUAUUUUAUCUGAAGAAUAUGCAGGAGGGAGAACAGCUGAACACUGGAGGAAAAGGAGAAGACACUUUGACCUUAACCGAAAAGGAAAUGCAUUCCGACUGAUGAUACCUUGAUAUAUUUAAAAGUCACUUUCUUACCUGUUGAAAUAAACCAAAGUUACGAACCAAACAAUCUCUUUUCAAAGCAGGGUGCUCUUCCUGGCUUCUGGCUUCCAUAAGAAGAAAAGCAGGAGAAAAAAAAACUCAAUCUACCUGCCAGAGUCCAGUGAGAUGGAAGUUUUUGCUACAUGUUCACUCACCCCAGGCUAGGUGGAAGUAACUUAAUUAUUUUUAAAAUUAAGCAGUUCUACUCAGUCACCAAGAGGCUUCUGAAUAUUGCAUUUAUUACAGUUUCAAAGUGUUUUUAAAAAAAUAAGUACCGUUAACAUUGAGUGGUUUCUACAUCCAUGUGAGGAUUAUUUAUUUAUUAGCCAGCACCAGGUGCAUGAGCUAAUUAUCUCUCUGAUUCCUUUCCUUCUAUUUGCCUACAGUAAACUCAUUGUUUAAAAGCUUCAAGAGCAUUCAAGCUGUUGGUAUAAGAAAAGGCAUUGUAUUGAUUUGUACUGAUAGUUCAUAAAAUUUAAUUAAAACGCAAGACAUGAAUAGAAGGUGGCAUUGCACAGCUAAUAAAAUAUGAUUUGUGGAUUUGA